CAGAAGCUGACUCCAGCUUUCCCUUUACUUUUUUUUUUUUAAUUUUUAAAAUUAUUUGGUUUUUUUGUUAACUCAGUCUGCUUUCCUUUUACCCGUGCUUCACACACACACACUCACACACUCACACUCUCUGUCACUGCCCCCUCUUCGUCCUCACAUCCAUCAUGGGCGGCGCACACUCCAAAGCCAUCGAGCGCAGCAAGCGCACUGGCCAGCUCGAGCUCAGCUACGCCGAGCUCAAAAGCAUACCGUCAAGCGUGUUCAACGUCACUGGAAUGACCAUCUUGACGCUGAACGCCAACCUCAUUCGCGAAUUCCCGUUGCGAUUGACGACGCUCGUCAACCUGACCGAGCUCAACCUCGCAGGCAACGAAAUCAAGUCACUCCCGGCCGAGGUUGCCAUGUUCUCCAACUUGCGCCGCUUCAACAUUGGAUACAACCAGCUGACUGCGCUGCCAGACCAGAUUGGCGCACUCAUGCAGCUGCGCAUGCUCGACAUUUCGCACAACAUGUUGCUAGAGAUCAAUCCCGCCAUUCGGCUGCUCCACAAUCUCACGGAUCUCAUCGCUGACGGCAACCAGCUAACGUCCUUGCCACCGGGGCUGAAGGAGUGCCGGAACAUUACCAACCUCCAAAUCCACCACAACAAGUUUAAGGAAUUGCCGCCAAUCAUCUCCCAGAUGAACAAGGUUGAAAAACUGGUCUUGUCACACUGCCAGCUGGUGCGACUGCAGCCGGAGGUUUUGGUCGAACUGGCCAAGAACAUUGGCGAAAUCAAAGAGAUUGACUUGAGUAACAACAAGCUCGACGCCAUUCCAGAGGAUAUGAUUGAGCUGUUUAUGGUGCGCACGCUCGACUUGUGCGACAAUCCUGUCAAAGUUUGGCCGCUAAAAGUGAAAACCAUGCACAAUCUGCGAUUCAACUGGCAAGAUAUCAGCGACCGCUUCCAAUGAUUCAGUGCGCUGCAGCGUUUUGGAUGUCUUUUCGUUUCUUUUUGUUUUUGGAUGUUGUACGUCAGAACAAUGAAAACUACAAUGGAA